GAGAGUGCGAGCACCCUUACCGGCGGCAGCAGCAGCAGCCAGUCCGACACGAGUAGCCUGUCCAUGUCGAUACCAUGGCUGGGGUAUUACCUGACAAAUGGUGCCAUCGACGGGACUCAGUUGCCAGGAAUGUACGAAAUCGACGUUGGCGCGGAUUUGCCAUCCGGCAGUACGCGGCCGCGUCAUCUGGGAUCUGGCUAUGACAACAGGGUCAUUGGCGGGCUACUGCUGUACACCACACGCCGGGCGUUGCCCAUGCCGCAGAGCUUAAGCAGCUCUGCAACAGCGACGGGGUCAUCAGCAUCAUCGUCGUCGUCCUCGGUGGCAACUGAUGCAUCAUGCGAUGGGGCCUUUUCGGAUCUGGAUGCCAGCUGCCACAUGUACGAACUGUCGUAUCUGCGAGGCGGCACCGCGGCGACAUCCAUGCUGCAGCGCAUGUUUGUGGGCAUGAAUGACAGCCUCGCGCCCUACGGCGUAGACCCCCUGUUCCUCAGAUCCUCUGCGCUCUACCGCGAAGACCUCACCUCCAAAAUGGACUGGUACUACAACACUUCCAACACCAACGAGGUGGGGCCCACCGGCAUGCCGUACGGCUUCUCCGCCCGCCCGCUGUCCGGCCGCCCCCCGGGCUUCCCCGUGUUGGUGGAGACGGGGCUGUCCACCCACCGCACCGCCCAGCUGGUGCGCUACCUGGCGGACGGGAACUACCUGGACCGGCGCCAGACGCGGGACCUGUCGGCGGAGAUGCUGGUGUACAACCCCAUCGUGCACGCCUUUGCGUACUUCCGAGCCGACUUCACCUGGGACCAGCCGGGCUCCAUCACCGGCCGGCUGUCCGCUAUAGGGUUCCCCGCCAUGGCCUACCUCGACAGCAACCAGACCCUGUCAGACGCCCUGACCGCCAUCUUCGCCCAUGAGCUGCUGCCCUUGUGGGUGCUGGCCGCGUUCUUUGCGGUUGUGACGACCGUAUCCUGUGUUGCCGCGGUGAUGCGGGCCAAACGCCAUGUCGCCGCGGCCGUGGAUGCAGCGGCUGCGGAGCGCAACGGAGACGCAGGUUACAAGGGCUGCACAACAGCAGCUGAGGCGGCUAAACGCAAGGGGUACCCUGCUAGCAACGAUGACUUGGUAAUGGGAGUAUCGGAGUCACUGCCGUCAUUUGGGACACUGUCACCCGGCGCCAAACAGGGCGUUGUUCCAUGGGCACACUCGAGCGUUGGCCGACCCAGAUCGCCCCACAUCCGCGUGCUACGUGACGAGGCUGCGGAGGUACGUGAGGAGAGGUUGGAGCUGCACGGCACUGCAGGCCUCACCCACAGCAACGCCUGGUUCCGAGAAUUCGCACGGCAUGACGGCGGGCUCUUGUACGACAUCCCAUUGGCUGUCCUCCUUAUUGCCGUCGCUGCUUUCUGGACGGCCAUUGUUGAGCACAACCUUGCCCUCUACAGCGCCCGUGCAACGUACCGCGUAUACGAUGCCAUGGCCUCGGCGCCAGCCCGCUGGCUGCUCCCAGUGCGCGUGGAGCCGGACGCCGCCGCCGCCAGCAAUACCUCGGCGCUGUAUGCCGCCGCCAGCAACCUGGGCCUUGACGUGCCGUCGAGUCCA